UAAAAAUGCGAGUGAAGACAGCGAACACCCAACUGGGUUCAUUUCUCUCCUUUUCUAUAUAAAGUUACAAACAUAUACAACUUCACCUCUCACCAACAACUCCCUUUUCUCUCUCUCUCUCUAUAUAUAUAUACACAUACACUCAUUUCUCGCCGGCCGUUAGUUCGUUCCGGCGAUGGCAACAACGCGUACGCCAUCCAUUAACAGAACCGCCAGCGACGGUGGCACAAUCAUACUAAACAAGUACCAGCUCACUCGCCUGUUAGGUCGCGGUAGUUUCGCCAAAGUCUACCAUGGCCGUUCGCUCAUCGACGACUCAUCCGUGGCCGUAAAAGUAAUCGAGAAACCGUCAAUAGCAGAUCCGACGAUGGAGCCACGCCUCGUUCGUGAGGUCGCAGCGAUGCGGCGGUUAAAUCAUCCAAACAUACUCAAACUACACGAAGUUUUGGCAACAAAAACGAAGAUCUAUCUCGUUAUGGAGCUCGCCGCCGGUGGUGAGCUUUUCACGCAGCUCGCCCGCCGUGGACGGAUGAAGGAAUCCACCGCACGACGGUUUUUUCAACAGAUCGUGUCGACGUUACAUUUCUGUCAUGAAAACGGCGUCGCACACCGAGAUCUGAAGCCGCAAAACCUUUUGUUAGAUGAAAACGGUAAUUUGAAGAUCUCAGAUUUCGGUUUAUCAGCGUUACCGGAGAGUCAUAAGGACGGUUUACUCCACACUGCGUGUGGAACUCCGGCGUAUACCGCACCGGAAAUUGUUCGCCGGAAAGGAUACGACGGAGCAAAGGCGGACGCGUAUUCAUGUGGAAUUAUACUUUUCAUGUUUCUAGCAGGUUAUCUUCCGUUUGACGAUAGUAAUCUAGCGAAUAUGUACCGGAAAAUUCAUCAACGAGAGUUGACGUUUCCCGAUUGGAUACCUAAACAACCGAGAAUCAUCAUUCAGAAGCUUCUAGAUCCGAAUCCUAACACGAGAAUGAGCAUCGAGACGUUGAUGAACCUUCCGUGGUUCAAAAAAUCACUCAAACAACCAGAUCCUACAGUAGAAGAAGAACAACAGCAUCAGACGGAAGCAGUUGAAAACGAUUUGGAAUCGAUUAAGCGGAAAACGAGUAUGAACGCGUUUGAUUUGAUAUCAAUGUCUUCAGGACUGGACCUGUCAGGUAUUUUUGAGGAGAAGAUUGUUAAGAAGGAGAGGCGGUUUACGACGAGAGCGACGGUGGCGGAGAUUGAAAAGCGGGUGGUGGAGGUGGGGGAUAGGUUAGGGUUCCGGUCAAAGAGGAUGAAGGAUAAGGAGAAUUGGAAUAGGGAGGUGGUAGGGUUGGUGAAGGGGAGAGUGGUGGUGUUGGCCAAGGUGUUGGAGGUGGCGGUGGAGUUGUUGCUGGUGGAGAUGACGGUGGUGGGCGGUGGCGAUGGGUUGAAUGACGUGGAUUGGGAGGAGAUGAAACUUGGGUUUCAAGAUGUUGUAGUGUCAUGGCAUUGCUGAUUACUCAUUGAUUGUUACUGAAAGUUGUAAAUAUUUUCAGUUUUAUUAUUAUUAUUAUUAUUUGUUUUCUUUUUUGGUUUAAUUUAUACACAAAUUGAAAUUGAAACUCUAAAA